ACAUUCGCUGCUCCACAGAUCGUCGUGGUCCGCCGUUGAAAGUCCCUCUCACAACCCAUCGCGAUCUCUUGUUCCUUCCAUCGCCUUCCCACAAUUGCGAAGAGGAACCAUUCAAAUGUCCAGCGUCGUUGCUAACCUCAUGAGCGUCGCGGCCGAGCCCGCCGUGCCUCCAAUCGCCAAGAAGCAGCCUUACACGCACAAGUACCACGGUAUCGAGACGGAGGACCCGUACCAUUGGCUGAAGGAUAUGAACAAGGAGAAGCGUCCGGAGAUCAUUGAGGCUCUCAACGCUGAGAACGACUACGCCAAAGCGCUCCACCUCACCCCCAACGAGAAAUUGGUGGAUACCAUCUACGAAGAGUUCAUCGGCCGCCUGGAAGAAGAUGAUGUCGAUGUGCCGGUGUUCCGCGCUCCGUACUUUUACUACAAGAGGACGGAGAAGGGCAAGCAAUACCCGAUCUACGCUCGCCGAAAGGACACGAUGGAGGGCACUGAGGAGGUUCUGCUGAACCAGAAUGAGUUCACGCACGAAUAUCAGGACCUUGGAUUCUACAAGGUCAGCCCAGACCAUUCCAUUCUGGCGUACUCUAUCGACAUCAAGGGAGAUGAAAUCUACACAAUCGUGUUCAAGGACCUGAAAACGGGGAAAGAUUUGGCAGACACCGUCAAGGGAGCGUCCGCUGAGGCCGAAUGGAGUAACGAUGUUAAGGCAUUAUACUACACUAUGCUGGAUGACAUUCACCGAACGGACCGGAUUUACAGGCACGUCCUGGGAACUGAUUCCGCAAAGGAUGAGCUCAUAUACAAGGAAAACGACCUCAAGUUCGGAGUGGGUCUGGAGAAAUCCAACUCUGGUGAAUACAUCUUCAUCGGCACGUCCAGUUCGUUGACUCGGGAGUACCAUGUUCUCGACGCAAACAAGUUUGACGCCAAAUUGCGCUUGUUCCAUGCGCGUGAGUUCCGUGUCAAGUACGACAUUGAGCACCAGGGCAACCGUUUCUUCAUCCGGACCGACGGCGGUGGCAAGUACCUGAACGGCAAGCUCUGCUCGUGCCCGGUUGACAAGACCGAUGCCACAAACUGGGUGGACAUCCUCCCUUACGAACCAUUGAAGCAGAUUGUGGACCUGGUGCCAUUCAAGAACCACCUUGUGCUCUACGAGCGAUCGGCUUCUCUGCAGCGCAUCCGGGUGCUCGGAGCAGGAUCUGACGGUCAAGUGGACGGUAAGGGUGAUAACUGGGUAGUCCCCUUCACGGAGGAGAUCUUCCAUGCCAGCGACGCCGGCACAUCCAAACAGACCUACAACUCCACCGUCCUCCGUUUCAACUACUCCUCCCUGCUCACGCCUACCCAAAUUUUCGAGUACGAUUUUGUCAGCAAAUCGAAGAAGCUCCUCAAGCAGACACCCGUCCCAAAUUACGACGCCUCCAAAUACGUCCUCAAGCGCGUCUACGCACCCAUCCCAGAAUCCACCAAAGCCACCGCACCCUUCGACACGCCCGUCGACGACAAGAUCCCCAUUUCGAUCGUGUACGACAAAACGAAGUUCAAGGGCGACGGAACCAACCCCGCUAUGUUGUACGGCUACGGUUCCUACGGCAUCACGAUCGACCCGGUCUUUAAGUCCCAGAUUUUCAGUUACGUUGACCGCGGCUAUGUGUACGCCAUUGCGCACAUUCGCGGCGGUGGCGAGAACGGGCGGGCGUGGUACGAGACGGGCAAGUUCAAGAACAAGCGCAACACCUUCACGGAUUUUAUCGCCGCUGGUGAGGAGCUCGUCAAGCAAAAGUUCACGUCGAACGACCGGUUGGCUAUUGAGGGACGCAGUGCAGGUGGUCUGCUCAUCGGUGCCACUGUCAACCUCAAGCCGGAUCUGGCGGCGGUUGCUAUUGCCGGAGUGCCAUUCGUCGAUGUUAUCAACACCAUGAUGGACGAGAAGAUACCUCUGACUAUCAAUGAGUACGAGGAGUGGGGAAACCCGAAUGAGAAGGACUACUUUGACUACAUGUUGUCUUACUCCCCUUACGACAAUGUCAAGAAGGGUGCUAAGCUCCCCGACAUCCUCGUCAAAGCCGGCCUCAACGACCCGCGCGUCGCCUACUGGGAGCCCGCCAAAUGGGUCGCCAAGCUCCGCGACUCAGACGUGAUCAAGCCCGACGGCGUGAUCGUGUUCGACUGCAAGAUGGGAUCCGGCCAUUUCGGACAUUCCGGGCGGUACGCGUACUUGAAGGAGGUGGCUGCUGACUAUGCGUUUGUGAUUGACCGGAUUGCGAAAAAGCAUGGGUUAGAGACUGGGGUAGCAAAGUGAUGGGCGGGGACGGGGCCGCGGUUGUGACUGUACGUAGACUCGUAUAGAUGUUGCAGGUUCCGUAGCGAAUGUGUUUUUGUUUGCGGGAACGUGAAGCAAUAGAAAAGUCGACUGGGCAGCGCCCUGUACGCCAAUAGUUCCGUGAAUUUCAGCGAUCGUGCAAGCAAGGCAGUUCCAGCCAGUCCACCGCAAGCUCGCGUACUUCUCA